UCUUUCCGUUGUUAUAAAUCAUUAGAUUAUAUGCACUACUUGUUAUUCUAAAUGUAGAAGAGAGUUUCAAAUUUUCUCCUUCCCAUCAACAUUUUCUGUUCAUCCAAUCAAAAUCCAGAAUUUCCCCUGUUUUUGUCUGUUUUGAUGUUAUGGGUUGUGCAAGUUCCAGGCAGAAACGAUGCUGGCACUGUCGGGCACCAUGUUCACCUGUCCCAAGAAGUUACACGAUGCACGUUCAUCAUCCUUCACAACACAAAGGCGAUAGCUACCAUGUCGUGGCAUUAACAUCCACCACAUUAGGCAAUCUCAAGGUAGAAUCAAACCACCAAAGCAAUGGGAAUUUGCAGGAAACCAAGGAGAAAAGCAAACUUGAAGCUGAAGUCUGGUCCAAAUUGAUUGAGGAUAAGCUCCCAAAAAUUGUCCCCAAAACUCCCGUAAGAACUCCCCCCGGUGAGCCUGAAACAAUCAACACUUGGGAAUUAAUGGCCGGCCUUGAAGAUUCUAGCCCUCGUCCUCCAACUCAUUUCAAGAGCUAUUCCGCUAAUGAAAAUGACAUUUUGUAUUCAAAGCCUUUGUGGGCUCAAUCUGAAGAAGAUGAAGGAUCAGAUUCAGUGAUGACAGAUUUUGAUCCAGAAAUCAUUUCUAGCUUUAGGAAAACACUUGAACAGCUUCCUUCUAGUAACCCUUUUCAUCUCAAUCCUUGUACCAUCGAAAAGGUUCAUUGCAAGCUUAACAAGGAUAAGGUCAUUUUGUAUUUUACAAGUUUAAGAGGUGUUAGGAAGACAUACGAGGAUUGCUGUAAUGUUAGAUUGAUCCUCAAAGGCUUAGGAGUUCGUAUGGACGAACGAGAUGUGUCGAUACAUUCGAGGUUUAAAGAUGAAUUGAGAGAGGUUUUGGGAGAAGGGUUUAAAGGCGGAUUGCCAAGGGUGUUUGUAGGGAAGAAAUACAUUGGAGGAGCCGAAGAAAUAAAGCAAAUGCAUGAAGAAGGUUCCCUAGGGGAGGCCAUUGAAGGGUGUGAAAUGUUGGAAGAUGAUGAUGUUGGUGCUUGUGAGGCUUGUGGCGAUAUCAGAUUCGUGCCGUGCGAGACUUGUUCCGGCAGUUGCAAAGUCUAUUAUGAUGAAGAUGAGGGUGAAGUAACAGGAAACGAAGGUGAUGAGAGUGAGUAUGGAUUCCAACGAUGCCCCGAUUGCAACGAAAACGGACUUAUCCGCUGUCCGGUUUGCUGCGAUUGAUCCCGGUCACGAAUACGAAUACGAUACAUUAC